AUGGCUUCUAGCCAGACCAAGGCGACUAGCGGCAAAAGUCGAAUCAAUUCUGCGAAACCUACACCAAAGACUUCAGCAGCUACCCAUUCAACGACGUACGCCAAGACUACCACCACACCCAUGAGGAGCAUAGCUACAAGGACUACCCGACCCUCUAAUGAUGAAACUUCUCGACAAUCUCGCCAAUCCAAGUCCACAAAGGGCUCAGAGAAAUUUUCAACAAGUCUUUCGUCUCACCCACUCGACAAAGGCAGCUCUACCACGCAGAAAAAUUCGGUAAAUACCACGACCCCAGCUUCCACCCGAUCUAGACACACGUUAGAGACUGAUAUGCCUCAUUACGACCAGCAAUCAAAGACAAUGACCGACAGAGAACAUGACACUACUGCUUUUCCUUCGAAGACUUUUACCACAGCAGCUUCUUCCCAGAAGACUACGGGUUCCGACUCUACCCAGAAAGCCAACCACUCAAAUUCUAGCAGAAGCCAUACGAUUUCUACCAAGAAGGCCUCUGGCUCAAAUUUCAGCAGCACCCAUACCACUAGCAGGACUACCGGGUCUGAUUCUAGAAGAAGCCGUACCACUGCAGUUUCUACCAUGGACUCUACCAGUCUAGAUUCCAACAAAACCCGUACUAGUACAACUUCUACUAGGAAGACUACCAGCUCAGGUCCUAACAAAAGCCAUACCACCCCAAAUUCUAUUGGGAAAACCACCAUUGCGCAUUCCAGCAAACGCCAUACCUCUAUAGCUUCUGCGAGGAAAGCUACUGGUGCACAUUCUAGCGGAAGCAAUAUUUCUGGUAUUUCCGCUGAGAAGAGUACUAUUUCCGUCUCUACGAUGCAAAAGGCCAGCUCACUUACCUCUCAACACAAAGCCAUCACAGCCACUGAGGGUCCAUCGGCUAGCCUCCCCCACCCUACAAAAGCGACAAAGACUACGAGAACCAGCGGCAUAAUUGAGACGAUAAUCACAGGUUCCAAGGGGGUUGUAGCAACUUACAUAGCCACUCGGGAUCCCAAGUACACCACCAACACGAGAACAACCACUGCAACUGACGGUCACGAAGAUGAUGUUAUCAUAUAUCCCGGAGGUUGGCGAUGGAUUCUACUUGGACUACCACCAUUGAAAUUUCCACCAUUCAAGCUUCCCUCGCCUCCAGCAUUUAAUCCAGAUCCCAAAUCAGGACAUCCAGGAGAUGACCAUGUCCACGAUGACGAUCCUCAGGGCCACGAUGAUCACGGUGACAAUAAAAAGAGCAAAUCCACCACCAAGACUGCAGAAUGUACCACAACGAAGCCACCCAUGUGUACCAAGACUGUGUCAUAUAUUUCUAGCGGGACAGGAUUCACAAGCACCAUUCUCGGAAUAUGCUCCUCUGUCAGUGGCUGUGUGUCAGGGAAGCAAAGCACCAUUACGACAACCAUCACAACCUCGGUACCCAUCAUUUGGAGCGAUGAGCCAUUUCAGCCUGAUGUAGAUGUGAUUCUAGAAAUUACCGGCAACGAUACAAUUCAAUACUUCGACGACUUUUUCAAGAAACAAGGCAUCUCACUUGAAGAUGAUGAGAAUCUUGUAGCUUCUUGUGGCGGUAAUACACCAGGGAUCCCCGUCUUCUGCUUGAAUUCUUUUAGUACCGAUUUCUGUCAAGAAGUACAGGCGGACCUAGGUAAAAGUUUUACCAAGACUUUCGCGGGCCUUGAUGGUACAUUUGGACCGAUUGGACCCAUAGAUCUGGGGGGAGGUCUCACCGGCAUACACCCAAGGAGAUUCCUGACCAAGAGAAACCUCUGCAGCGAUUGGAGCUUCGAAUUCCGUUGGAGUGGAGCUCUUUUUGAGUGCCGCAAGUCAUGUCUCGACUACUUGGACAUUAUCAGAAAUGAGUGCUUUCAAUUCAAGAGCAACGAUGAGGGUUUCCUUGAUGCUGGAUGUGGUACAUACAAUCUUGUAAUCAAACCCAUUCUCUCCACCUCCACCUCCACCUCCACCACAGAAUCACCUCCUGAGCCCACUGAGAUGCCGAAAACUCCCCUGGAGGUAAAGCCCGUCGUGUGUGAAGAUGAGGCCAAUUUUCCAGGACAUGGCGACGUCCAUAAAGGAGACCAGAAGAGACAGGCCGAAUCAUUUUGUGAGACAUAUUUUUUGGAGGGCCAACACGACCUUUAUAUGGGCCCUCAAAAUACGACCGUCUGGGCCACCACAGGUUUCAUCGAGACAAACCUAUACUUUUCCGUUUCCUGGAUUGAUGGUUGCGAGACAACAGUGGACAGUCAGAACGCCAUGCUUCCUCUAGGAAAUGACAUGGCCUGUUCGGAUAUCUUAGUCAAGACAUACAGGGAUUGCAUCAACGGCGGUGUGGGCGGAUACAUUGAUGCUGGCUGCCUUCGAUACCAAUUCAAUCCAGCAAAGUAA